AAACCCCACUGAUUAUUUAUAUUUAAUUUGUUUACAAAGUAAUAAGAAAUUGACCAACAGUUUGGCGUCGCAAUACCACCUCAACCUUUAACAAAUUCUGCAAGUCACUGCUUUACAUGUAUUCUACUACCUAAUUAUAGAAUUUUGUUCGGAAAUAAAUCUAUUAAAGCCCCACAACAAUUGUUGCACGUCCACAAUCAAUAAAACCUUCAUCAGAACCUAGGUUAUCAUUACAAGAGCAUCAACUUGAGAUAAUUUUUAAAUCUGGCAAUCAGUAAGAAAAUGACCUCACAAGACGCGACACAAUUUCCAUUCAAUAAAAGUCUUUAAUUUUUUACUCUCCACGUCUCCACUAAACAAGUUCUACAAAUAAGCACAAAAUGCCUGACCUGCUGGAGUUAGUGGAAUUUGAAGCAGAUAGUCCACGCAAAGAAGUCAAGGAACUGAGUCAAGAUGAUAGUGAAUUGAAGUACACAGUUUAUGACUUGAUUCGGACUAUCAAGGACCCAGAAAAGCCCAACACUUUGGAAGAAUUAAAUGUAGUGUAUGAGGAAGGGGUUGAGGUUAAGGAGCGUACUUCUGGAAAUGUUAGUGUUGUAAGGGUUGAAUUUAAUCCUACUGUGCCCCACUGUUCUUUAGCAACAUUAAUUGGAUUGUGUAUUAGGAUAAAAUUGGAAAGGUGUAUUCCUUAUAGGAUUAAAUUAGAUAUUUAUAUCAAGGCGGGGGCUCACACAACUGAACAUGAAAUCAAUAAACAAAUUAAUGAUAAAGAGAGAAUAGCAGCCGCUAUGGAAAAUCCAAAUUUAAAAGAAAUGGUAGAAAACUGUAUUGUUGAAGAAGACUGAACUUUGUAUCCAGAUAUUUAAGCCAAAAUAUUAUUUACUAUUUAGAAUUACGUCUUUUAUCAUAAACUUUUGAAAUAAAAAAGUUUUUUUUUUCAAAAAAAGUGCAAAUUCUAAACC